GCAGAGGAACAGCAGCGCCUGGAGUCAAUUCGGACGGUCGGAGAGAGAAAAGGGGGGAGAUUUAGAAGGGGAAGAAAAGGACAGGGGAGAGUGUGAAGGAAAAGGCUGCAAUAGUGAGGUUGGGGUAGUCCGGUUGCAGCACACACACACACACACACACACAGAGUCCAGCUAGCAGCAGCAUGCAGGUAAAGAAGCACUAACUGCGGAUUGCAGGGCAAACUUGGAACAACGUGACUCCAGAAGCACGUCCGAAAGCACUAGCGGAUUCAGGUGAUCAAUUUGACUCAGCGCUGUUUCUUCACCUUCGUUUGGGCUGUGGCUGCGAAGCCGGCGAUCUCCCGACCGAGAGCAAGAGUUGAGCCCCGUCUCCGAAGGAUGUUCCAGCGGGGGGAGGGUGGGGGGCAAGGCAGAAGGAGAAGGGAGCCAGGGAACUGAAGCGAUGUGUGCGAGGUUAGCCCCGCUACUUCAGUGAGUAUUUGGAGACGGACGGACAGCUGUCAGCCCUCCAAAGUCGGGAGAGAUUCCAACCCCCCCCCCCCACACACACACACACACCUUUGGCCGAGGGAGAGAAGAAGAAAAAUAACGAGAGGGAAAAAGAGAGAGAGAGAGAGAGAUGACUUUCUGCUUCCCGCUGCUGCUGUUCGUGCGGACCGCCGCGGUGCUGGCGAGCGCCAAGCAGGCUCUCCGGUACCGGAUCACCGAGGAAGGUCCGGCCGACGUGCGGAUCGGUAACGUGGCCAGCGACCUGGGCAUCGUGGCGGGCUCGGGCGAGGUGACUUUCAGCCUGGAGUCGGGCUCCGAGUACUUCAAGAUCGACAACAUCACCGGCGAGCUGAGCACCACCGGGCGCCGCACCGACCGCGAGAAGCUGCCGCAGUGCCAGAUGAUCUUCGACGAGAACGAGUGCUUCAUCGACUUCGAGGUGUCGGUGAUCGGGCCGGCCCAGAGCUGGGUGGACCUGUACGACGGCCGCGUGGUGGUGCAGGACAUCAACGACAACACGCCGAGCUUCCCGUCGCCGGUGCUCACCCUGACCGUGGAGGAGAACCGGCCGGUGGGCACCCUCUACCUGCUGCCCACCGCCACCGACCGCGACUUCGGCACCAACGGCAUCGAGAGGUACGAGCUGCUGGUGCCCGACGAGAGCUCCGGGCCCGGGGGGGAGGCGGGCCGGAGAGCGGGGGGCACCAGCGGCAGCCCCGAGGCCCGCGGCGGCGGCGGCGGCGGCAGCAGCGUCUUCGAGCUGCAGGUCGCCGACACCCCGGACGGCGACAAGCAGCCGCAGCUGAUCGUCAAGGGCGCCCUGGACCGGGAGCGGCGGGACUCGUACGAGCUGAGCCUGAGGGUGAGGGACGGCGGCGACCCGCCGCGCUCCUCGUCCGCCCUGCUGCGGGUGCUCAUCUCGGACGUGAACGACAACAGCCCGCGCUUCGAGCGCGGCCUGUACGAGGCCGAGCUGGCGGAGAACAGCCCGCCCGGCACCCCGGUGCUGCAGCUGCGCGCCUCCGACCUGGACGCGGGCGUCAACGGCCAGAUCGAGUACGGCUUCGGCGCGGCCACCGAGGCGGUGCGGCGCCUGCUGCGGCUGGACGAGGCCACCGGCCGCCUGACGGUGCUGCACCGGCCCGACCGCGAGGAGCUGAGCCAGCUGCGCUUCACGGUGACCGCCCGGGACCGCGGGCAGCCCGCGCGCACCGACCGCGCCACCGUCUCGCUCCGGGUCCGCGACCAGAACGACAACGCGCCGCGCGUCGACAUCCGCAAGAUCGGCCGCAUCGUGCUGCGGGACGGCGUGGCGCAGGUGGCCGAGGACGUGCUGGUCGACACCCCGGUGGCGCUGGUGCAGGUCUCCGACCGGGACCAGGGCGAGAACGGCGCGGUCACCUGCACCGUGGUGGGCGACGUGCCCUUCCAGCUGAGGCCGGCCGGCGGCGGCGGCGGUGGGGGCGGUGAUGGCGGCGGCGGUGGAGGAGGAGGUGGGGAGGCGGCCGACGGCGAGCAGCGGGCCCGCAAGUACUUCCUGCACACCUCGGCGCCCCUGGACUACGAGGCGGCCCGCCAGUACACGGUGGCGAUCGUGGCGGUGGACUCGGGCAGCCCGAGCCUGUCCGGCAACAACUCGCUGCUGGUCCGGGUCACCGACGUCAACGACAACCCGCCCGUCUUCCCGCAGCCGCUGGUGCGGGUCUCGGUGGCGGAGAACAACCGGCCCGGGGAGGCCGUGGCCUCGGUGCGCGCCUCGGACGCCGACGACGGCAAGAACGCCGAGGUGGCCUACUCGCUGGAGCCGUCCCCGGGGGGAGCCGGGGGCGCGGGGGGCCUGUUCUCCAUCGACCCGCUGAAGGGGGACAUCGUGGCCAACGCGGUGCUGGACCGGGAGCAGACGGAGCGCUACGAGUUCGUGGUGCUGGCCCGGGACAAGGGCAGCCCCAGCCUGCAGGGCAGUGCCACCGUGCUGCUGCGGGUCACCGACACCAACGACAACGAGCCGCGCUUCAUGCAGGACGUCUUCACCUUCUACGUGAAGGAGAACCUGCCCCCGCACAGCCCGGUCGGCAUGGUGACCGUCAUGGACGCCGACCAGGGCAGCAACGCCGAGCUCACGCUGCGGGUCCAGGAGGACGGCGGCAUCUUCUCGAUCGACAACGACACCGGCACCAUCUACUCCACCGUGUCCUUCAACCGGGAGCAGCAGACCAGCUACUCCUUCAAGGUGAAAGCGGUGGACGGCGGGGAGCCCCCCAGGUCGUCGACCGCCAUGGUGUCGCUCUAUGUCAUGGACGAGAACGACAACGCGCCGACCGUCACCUUCCCGAAGAACGCCUCGUACACCGUGCUCCCGCCCUCCAGCAACCUGCGCACGGUGGUGGCCACCGUCCUGGCGACCGACCGAGACACUGGCAUCAACGCUGACCUCAACUACAGCAUCGUGGGGGGGAACCCCUUCAAACUUUUCGAGAUCGACCCGGCCAGCGGUGUGAUCUCCCUGGUGGGAAAGCUCACUCAGAAGCACUAUGGGCUGCACCGGCUGAUAGUGCAGGUUAAUGACAGCGGGCAGCCCUCACAGUACACCACCGCGAUGGUCCAUGUGUUCGUGAACGAGAGUGUUUCAAACGCUACGGUAGUGGAAGCACAGAUAGCCCGAAGUCUCCGCACUUCCUUGAAGCAAGAUAUUGCAGGUGAUCCAAACUAUGAGAUGAGCAAGCAACGACUGAGCAUUGUUAUUGGGGUGGUUGCUGGUGUCAUGACAGUGAUUUUAAUCAUCCUGGUCGUGGUCCUGGCGAGGUACUGCAGACCCAAAAAAUCCAAGAAUGGUUAUGAGGCAGGAAAAAAGGAUCCAGAAGACUUUUUCACCCCCCAGCAACACGACAAGUCUAAGAAACCCAAGAAGGACAAAAAGAACAAAAAGUCCAAACAACCUCUGUACAGCAGCAUUGUGACUGUGGAAGCAUCAAAACCAAAUGGACAGAGAUAUGACAGUGUGAAUGAGAAACUUACAGAGAGCCCUGGCAUGGGUCGCUAUCGUUCCAUGAAUGGCGGACCUGGGAGCCCUGACCUCGGUAGGCAUUACAAAUCUAGCUCCCCAUUGCCAACGGUUCAACUUCACCCCCAGUCACCUACUGCAGGGAAGAAACACCAGGCAGUGCAAGAACUACCACCUGCUAACACCUUCGUAGGGACAGGUGACAACAUCUCAAUUGAAUCAGACCAUUGCUCUGAAUACAGCUGUCAGAUAAAUAACAAGUACAGCAAGCAGCCUUUUCGUCGUGUGACUUUUUCUGUGGUGAGUCAGCCUCAGGAUCCACAUCAGGGGUCCCUACAGAGUUGUUAUGAUAGUGGCUUGGAAGAAUCGGAAACACCGAGCAGCAAGAGUUCAUCGGGACCAAGACUAGGCUCACUCCCACUUCCAGAAGACAACUAUGAGAGGACCACACCUGAUGGCAGCGUUGGUGAGGCAGAACACAUGGAAAAUGAUUCAAGGCCUUUGCCUGAUGUAGCUUUGACAGGAAAAUGUACACGUGAAUGUGAUGAGUUUGGCCACUCUGACUCCUGUUGGAUGCCAGUGCGCACCUCACCAGAGAGAAGAAAAAAGAAUCCGCCCAAGCUUUCUACAUUCAUGCCUGUCGCAGAUCGAGGCAGUCAAGAGAAGCUCGCCAACGGUGCCCCUCAGAUUAUAGGUGAUCGCAAUCGAAACCUUCUCAACAAGAGGCUGACUUCAUCAUAUGAGAACUUCAAUACUGCUACUUAUGCUAAAAAUGAGGAAGCAAAUCCUGAAGAUAUACCCCUGACACAGACAGCAGAUUUCAAACCAUCUUCGGUUUCUCAACUCACGAGAAGAGAAGUCUACCUGUGAAAAGUUUCAACACGAUAUUUCAAAAGGCAACACAUUAGAUACAUAAAUUAAAAUGAAUUCAAAUAUUGUGCAGGAUAUCCCAUAAAGGGGGCUACCAAAGAGAUAUAUUAAUGUCUACUGUUUCUGGCUCCACAUCUCGCAUUUGACAGUGGACUGCUUGACAGUUCUGUUAAAUUGUAGAAAUCGUUCUGACUCGCCAAUUACAUGCAUGCUGUAUCCUGAACCUUACCCCCAAUCCACUCAAACCCCUCAAGAUAUGCACACACCAAUACACACAUGCAUAUACACACGCACACUGAAUUUUCUACUUUAAAAGAUAGCAAGUGUAUAUACUGGGUGAAAAUGUAGUUAAAAGAGCACAGGAGUAGUACAGUAUUAAGUAUCUUAUGUAACGUAACUGUCUCAUUGUUUGAAGCAUGAUUUCAACUUCCAGAGUAUGGAUUGCAAUGUGUUUUGUGACAUUUUCACUCUGAAACUAAUGCUUGAUUUGGAUGAUGGGUCAAUGUAGAAUUUUGAAAAUGUAUUACACUCAAAAUACAUUCAAAUGGGGAUGUUCCUGUUAACAUUUACUUGAACUACUGCAAUUUCAGGUGGCCUGAUAUAUCUAUUUAAAUGACUUCAGUUCUGGCAUCUUACAAGCCUUUUGGAGACUUUGAUGAAGCAAGUCUACCCAAAGUUGGAGAAUGAAAUGUACAUUUUUUUUCCUGUUGCGAGACUUUGAUAAUAUUCAUAAACUGGACUAGAAGCCAUGAUAACACUAUGUACCAGGCUGAAUUUUUUAAAAACUCUGCAAUGGUUGGCUUCACUACAAAAGAAGGAGAACUCUUUGUGAUCAUCUUCAACCCCAUUACAUUAUUGGAAUUGACAAGAUUAAGGACAAAAAUAACAAUCACAGGGGGAGUUCCUGUUUUACAGGCCAUGUAGAAGAAGCAGUUGACAUAUUAAUCAGGAGCAUCGCUUUGCAAACUUAGACACAACCAUGAUAUAAAACAUGAAGCCACUACUGUAUGAACAUGAGUCAAACACCUAAACAAGACCCCGGAGAAAACUUGCUGUAGGAUGUUGCUCUAGGGUUCUACUGUGAAAGCCGACAGUAUUCCAGUCCCAGGUAAAACUGUUAAUUGAUUCACAUAAAAGAAAGCACUGCAAUGCUGGAUUGUAGAUUUAAAACUGUGCUGUUGCACAAGAAACAAGAUGAUUCAAAUUCUUGUAUGAAUAGAUGGUUCUCUACUUUUGCAACAAGUUGUCCAACAUAACAGCCUAGAAAUCCCAUUUUACUAUUACAUUAGUCUGGGAUGUUUAAAAACUAACUUGCUCAGGAAAACAGUAAUGUUAGAAAACUCUUCUGUUUUUCAUAUCUGAUAAGAAAUACUAGGCGAACGCAGUAAAGUGCAUGUUAUUGCUUUAGCAAAAGUGUAGCAUUAUCAAGUUCAUGACCAUCCUAAAACAGAACUGCAGCACAUUGUUGUGGUUGGUAUAGUUCAAACAGUUGACUUAAAUGUUUAGUGGUGUUAAUUACAUUGGAGUUUUACCAAGCUGAAAUGCAGCUUUAACUCGCUAAAAACCAGACUGUUACAUGCAAUGUAUACUUUCACCAGAGAUUUUGUUCUUUGGGCUACAAGAGAAAGAGUUGCAGAGUUGUGCAGAAUUGAUUUAAAAAUAUAUUUCAGGGCACUGGAAGUGUUGAAGAAUCUUCACAGUUAAUUUCAUUGAAGUAUCAAAAGGUCGGUUAUUCUCUGAGAUGCACCAAACAAAUAUGGACAAAUUCUGCUUAAUCACAAAAUAUCAUUAUUUAAAGAAAAGUAAUAAUAUAAAGUUCAAAGGUAUGAACUACAAAGUGGCAUGCAAGGUGAAACUUGAUGUUGCUUUGGUAAAUUUUGAACAAAAUACAGCUUUUGGUAGAAAAUGCUUUUCAUAAUAUGCAUAGAGUUAUUUAAAGUUGUUGCAGCUUAAAUAUUGGUCAAUUAUUCAAUAAGUACUUGUUGCACCCUUUGUUUACUUGGUACCUGCUGUCUUUCACUGUUUUACUGCAUCCUUUCCAUGAUAUUUAAGCCAUUAAUUGGAAUAUUUCUUAUAGUAUUUGGCACAUGAAUGAUCUGAUGUAAUUCUAUGUAUUCAUGGUGAAAGCAGUGUUAAACAGUGGACAGCCGUGGUGUAAAUACAAUACAAGGUCAGCUAUUUGAACAGUCAAUUAUAAUUAAAAAUGUUUGUAUUCGAUUAUUAUUUGAAUGUUCAAAUUUCUGUUGCACUUCUAUUCAAUAGUAAGAUACAAAGCUGCUCCUAGCGUGCUGCUGUGUAGAUACAGUAAGUACUUGUUGUUAAUGGAUGUUCUCAUAACUUGCAAAUAUAUACAUAAGUAUUUUUAUUGCACGUUACAAAGAAAAAGCAUUCACUAAAUGCAAAGAAAGUUUCUUUAAUGAUAACAACUGUAGCAUUUUGUUUUCUUAACUGCAAAUAUGAAGGUAACCAACUCAGUUAGAUUGUGUCUGUUAUAGUACUUAGCUUCAUAUUCCCAGAAAUGCAAGUCACCCAGAUUGAUCAGAUUAAUUUAGAUAUGCAAUUUAGUCUCUCAUUGCACAUGGUAUACAUAAUGAACACCAUUCACAAAGAACUGAAGCCAAACCAUAAUAAUUCCACAUAUAUUUGACAUGAAAUUUGAACAUGUGCAAAGAAUUCAGGAUUUAUUUUGAUUUAAGCAUUUACAUCAAGCAAGAACAUCCAGACUGAAACACUAUUUUCAAACUCUUUUGGAGUCUUAAUGGGGCAUUUUGUUAGAUUAUGCCUUUCUUUUUGAGACAAUUUAAUUAUUGGCGUUAUCUGAUGCUACACGUGAGCAUACUCCUACAAACAGUGAAUGCAAUCUAUAAAACUGUGCCUUUUAUACCUAGAGGUAUAAAUAACAUUUGAAUUGAUGAGGGGAGAGAGGGACAAUAAUGUCAAAAUUUUCUGCAAAGCAGAUUUGUCAAAAAGAGUUCAUUGGCUUUUCAUACAUAUAAAAAUGUGGUGUAAAAUUUAAUGUUUUCUAUUAAAGAUACAAGGCCAUACAAAAAGUUAGUAUACACGUGAUGAAAAAUUGGUGUGAUGAUUUUGUUUUUUUU